AUGGUAGCGUUAAAUAAGAUUUAUUGGCUUGAUUUAGUCGUAUUCGCGUUUGCGUGUUCUAAAAAGUCUGUAUUUCUUUUCGAAAAUAAUAAUUUUCUUGAUUAUCAAAAUGAUCCCAUAUCAAAAUGUGUUGCUAAAAUAGUUGAUAGUAACUUUGAAUGUGGCACUCAAUUGACUUAUGUCUGUGAUAGAAAAACCUGUUCAUAUCUAGGGAACACUAACAGAAUAUGCUAUCCUUUCUUAACCAGAGACUUUAAAACUAAAUUUUGGCUUCUCAAAACUGACGUCUAUAUCAUAGUUAUAAAACACCCCAGACAAAUAUUGUUCCAAUUAACGUCGUUAAAAAAAGAUUCCUUGUGGAACGCCGGAGCAAAAUUUAUUUUAGUCGUUUUAAAUGGUGAUGUUCAUGACUUACGCCACAUAUUCUUUCAAUUAAGCAAACUAUAUAUUUACAACAUCGUCGUUGUCUCAGUUGUCCGUAACAAUAAGUCUAGGAUCCAAUUAUAUACUUAUAACCCCUUCUAUAAAGAUGUUUGUGGUAAAAAUUACUCUAACAUAAUUAAUUUAGAAGACUGCAACGACAUCGAAAAUAAGAAGUUAUUCUUUAAUAAAGUUCCAAAUUAUUUCACAAAAUGUUCCUUUGAAGUGGCAGCGAUGGAAGAAAUACCGCAAAUUAUAAAACCAAAUAACGAAAUGUUCCGCGUCGGAGGAAAACAUCUGGAAGGUUUGGAAGAAUUUAUGCUCAAAAUUAUGGCAAAAAAGGAACAUGUCAUCUUGAAUUUUCAUUACUAUACGAAUGUUUCGAGUGGAUUCGUUUUACCCAAUCUGACAAGUACCGGUCUACUCCGUCUUUUGGAACAUAAUAAAGCAGAUAUAGUAAUAGGAGGCUACUUUUUAAUGGAAAGUCGCGCAGAUAUAUACGAUUACAUCUGGGGAUACAGCUACGCAAAAGUUCUAGUGAUUACUCCGGUUCCUAGAGAUUUGAUAUGGGUGAAAGUGAUUUUCUAUGGCUUCAGUUCUACCACUUGGAUAUUAGCUUUUUCAACGUACUUAAUUGUGUAUGUUCUCAUCAAUAAAAUAUUUUAUAAGUACGUAAAAACGAGAACAGGUUUUAUCUUAGCUAUUAAAUUGGGCGACUACUUUUUCGGGCAUGCUGAUAAGAUGUUGAUUAAAAUGAAACAAUUGAGGGGUAUCCUAAUAGUUUGGAUAUUGUUCACAUUUUAUAUGAACAAUUUUUACACAACUGCAUUGUUCAGUUUGACAACAUUGGAUUAUAAAGAAAAAGUUACCUUUGAUCCAUGGAACUUGAAAAGUAUACCUUACGAGCCUUGUAUUAUUGAUGAGAGUAAAAACUUUUUUUUGUUCGUCUUCAACAUAAAAUUACCAGAGAAAACGCAACCUGAAUGUGAAAACCUUGGAUUGGCCCUCGAUAGUGUUGCAAGAAGUCAAGCAAUGUAUACACUUGAAAUGGAUUACAGUUUUUUACUAAGAGCUUACAAAUACUUUGACAAUGACGGCCGUCCGAUGCUUAAACACUAUACAUUUACAAAUGAAAUAUUAAACUUUUACAUGAACAGGGGAUUUCCACUGAAGAAGAAGUUCAUAAAACACACCAGUCAUAUUUUUGAAUCAGGAUUAAUUCAAUAUCAAAUGAAAAUGUUAUGUCUUCGAAAAAACUGCAAUUAUGUGAACCACCAGAUCGGCUGUGAACACCACCCACUUUUCCCCGGCGACUGGGGACUUAACGCUCCGUGCGUUUGA